AUGGAGAUGGCGAGCGCGCGGAGGAGGGCGAACAAGCCGCAGGGCGGCGGCGACCAGCAGAUCGCGCUGUGGGGCGCCUGCGUGCUCCUCUCCUCCCUCUCGCUGCUCGUCGCCGCCGCCUCCUCGGGGCUCAGCGCAGCGAGUCUCACCGGCCGGGAGGUCGGCGCGCUCGUCAGGGCCGCGACCGCGACCACGACCACGACCACGAGCGGCGCUUCAGUCGUCGUUCACGGCGCGGGUGGGGACGACGGCGGCGGCGACGGCGACGGCAGCAGGUACUGCAGCGACGAUGACGACCUGCUCCGCAGCAUGUCCGUGGACGGGGAGUGGGUGCGCGAUGCCGACGACGACGAGCGGCGCCGCCACGCGCUGUACGAGCCCGGGCGGUGCCCGUUCGUCGACGUGGGGUUCCGGUGCAGCGAGAACGGCCGGCCGGACGGUGAGUACGCCAAGUGGAGGUGGCAGCCGACGCGCUGCACGCUGCCAAGGUUCGACGCCGCGAGGCUGCUCGAGAUCCUCCGGAACCGCCGGCUGGUGUUCGUCGGCGACUCGAUCGGCCGGAACCAGUGGGAGUCCAUGCUGUGCAUGCUCGCCUCGGCCGUCGCCGAGGAGGGCGCCAUAUACGAGGAGAACGGGAGCCCCAUCACCAAGCACAAGGGCUUCCUCUCCUUCCGGUUCCGGGACCACAACUGCACCGUGGAGCACUACCGGUCGCCGUACCUGGUCCGGCGCAGCCGCCCGCCGCGCCGCUCGCCGAAGCGCGUCGGCGCCACGCUCCAGUUGGGCGCCAUGGAUUCCAGGGCUGCCCGGUGGAAGGACGCGGACAUCCUGGUGUUCAACACGGGCCACUGGUGGAACCAGGAAAGGCUGCAGCGACUAGGAUGCUACUUCCAGGACGGCAAGAAGCUGCGGCUGAACAUGAGCGUGGAGGACGCCUACCAAAGAGCGAUGGGCACACUGCAGAAAUGGGUCCGGAAGGAAGUGAACGCCGCGAAGACACUGGCGGUUCUCCGGACGUACUCGCCGGCACACGUAAGGGUUACGGACGGUGCUGGAGGAGGGUGUGCCGCGGCGACGCUGCCGGAGCUGAACGCUUCGAGGAUCGCGCUGCACCGGUGGCCGGGCGUUCUGAACCCGGCCUUUGAGGCGCCGAAGAAGAAGCAGCUGCACGCCGCGGCGGAGCUGCAGGUGCUGAACGUCACCCUGAUGACGGCGCAGAGGAGGGACGGCCACCCGUCGGUGUACAACGUCGCGCCGCCGUCGAGGGCGCCGGCGGCGGGGCAGAGGGCGGACUGCAGCCACUGGUGCCUGCCCGGCGUGCCGGACGCGUGGAACGAGCUCCUCUACUCUCUGAUCGUCAGGAGAUUCUCGUCGUGA